GUGGCGGCGAUGUUGAGUCAUUUGACUGAACACGAUGCGAUUCAACUGAAAGAGAGAGAGAGAGAGGAGCAAAGAUGGAGAAGAUGAUCGCAGUUGGUCUAAUAUGGGGCGCCACAAACGCUAUCAUGCGCCGUGGUGCACUUCUCUGGGACGAAGCACUCAAAUCUUCCUCAGCAAAACAACCACAUCCUCACUCAACAAAUCUCGCUCAAAAAAUCAUCUUCUCUGUACGCAAAUGGCUCAUACUUCUCUCCAUCUGGCAAUACUCAAUCCCCUUCAUCAUUAAUCUCUCCGCCUCCGCCACUUUCUUCUCCAUUCUCUCCGAUGCUCCUCUCUCCCUUGCUGUCCCAGUCACCAACGCCACCACUUUUGCCUCCACUGCUCUAUUUGCCACUCUCCUCGGUGAACCAACCAACCUCCCCCGUACUUUCUUCGGUACCGCUCUCAUCAUCAUCGGUAUUUGCUUGUGUAUUAAUUCCUAGCUUGCUUUCAUUUCUAUCAUCUCUAUUUCUUUGUUUUCCUUUUCAUUCUUGUUUCUUGUUUAUAAAUAUUGUGUGUAGUUGGAUUUCCAAUAUUCGAAUUCAAUUUUAUAUCCCUAAUCCAGGGUUCAUGUUGUAUUUAGUUGAGUAACAUAGCAUAUAAGGA